CAUUUGAAACAAGCCUCGAAGCAGUGCUUCGAAAGCUCGACACAGUAUCGAACGGUCUAUCACUACAGAAAACCUCAGCACCGAGCAGCAGGGGAGUGGAGGAGGAUGAGUCUAACACUUUAACUUACAUGGAUGUGACAGAGGCAAUGUACCAGUCUGACAUGAAUGUGAUGGAGAAAAGGAUCGUAAAUAUUAAGGAGGAGGACGACCGUGAACGGGAAUACGCCUAUCAUCAACCGAAGAGUCUGUGCAUUAAGAAUGAGGAUUGUGAACAGGGGACAGUGGGCAUUAAGGAAGAGGCUGCUGAGAAGCCUGUCAUCCGUGGCAUACAGAAACAAGUCAAGGAGGAAGACCUUCAGUCAGAGUCCGGCCAUUUGUCUGGAUGUAGAGAUGGAGAUGUAAGUAGAUCAGUCUCCCCUCGGGGUAAAAUAUGUCCCAUUCAGGAGCAUUCUGUCAGCAAGAAGUCUGAUAUUUACUCCGAUGCAAAGACCAGUCGGGAAACAUCACGGAGAGCACCAGGAGGCCAGUCAUCACCUACAAAUCAGUCUGGAGAAGCAGACAGACUGGAGCGUCUCCGCUUUUCCCAGUGUCUCCCUGUUGUGGUCUGUCCUGAAGUGAAAUAUCAACAGACAGCACAUGAUGAAAAUAUGAAAUUGACAUCUGCAUCAGAUUUUUUGACAAGAUCCCCCAUGCAGUUGAGUGCUCUGCCAGUUGUGCACAAAACAAAGAGAGAUGCAAUUAACAUGCCACAACAAGAGAACAGUACUCCUUUGGAAGAAACGCGUGUCUUGCAAAAGAAAAGUCUGAAAUGUGCAUCUAAAGACAAAGGCAAUCAGUUGAACCAAACGACUCAAGGGCCUUAUGUGUGUUCUGAAUGUGGAAAACAAUUUUCACGAAAAUCCAAUCUUAAGACCCACAAUAGAAUUCACACUGGGGAGAAACCCCAUUGCUGUUCUGAAUGUGGAAAAGUAUUUUCACAAAGGAUCCAUCUUGACAGCCACAAAACAAGUCACACUGGAGAGAAACCUUUUUGCUGUUCUGAAUGUGGAAGAGGGUUUACAAGAAAGCAUCGUCUCAAGAGCCACAUGACAAUCCAUACUGGAACUCAGCCAUAUGGCUGUGUAGAAUGUGGGAAACGAUUCUAUGACAGGAAAAAUCUUAACCAGCAUAUGAGAACUCACAAUGGGGAAAAUCCUCUCUGUUGUUCAGAGUGUGGUGUACGAUUCUCAACAAGGCGCCAUCUUUAUAAACACGAAAGAAUUCAUAAUGGAGGUAAACCCUAUUGUUGUGGUGAAUGUGGGAAAGUAUUUUCAAAAAGAAAUGGACUUGAGACCCACAAAAUAGUUCAUACCGGGGAGAAACCGUAUUCCUGUUGUGAAUGUGGUAAACAAUUCUCAUUCAAGAGCACCUAUAAAAGCCACAUGAAAACUCACACUGGAGAGAAGCCACAUGGCUGCUCGGAAUGUGGAAAGCGAUUUUCACAAAGAGGCCAUCUUGUGAUCCACAUGGCAAUUCAUACUGGAGAGAAACCCUAUUGCUGUUGUGAAUGUGGAAAGAGAUUUUCAAGUAAAUCCUAUCUUAAGGCUCACAAUAGCAUUCACACUGUAGAGAAACCCUAUUGCUGCUCUGAAUGUGGAAAAGGAUUUUCACAAAGAAGCAAACUUGAAACCCACAGAAGAGUUCAUACUGGAGAGAAGCCAUAUUCCUGUUGUGAAUGUGGCAAACGAUUCUCUUUCAAGAAAAGCUAUAGCAGCCACAUGACAAGUCACACUGGAGAGAAGCCAUUUGGCUGCUUGGAAUGUGGAAAACGAUUUUCAGAUAGAAGCACCCUUAAGGCCCACAAUAUAAUUCACACUGGAGAGAAACCCUUUUGCUGUUCUGAGUGUGGAAAACGAUUUUUAAAAAAGGGUCACCUUGAGAGCCACACAGUUAUUCACACUGGAGAGAAACCCUAUAGCUGUUCUGAGUGUGGAAAAAGAUUUUCAAGAAAAUAUUGCGUUGAGAGCCACAUGAGAGUUCAUACUCGAGGGAAGCCCUGAAGGAAUAAAUUUUAGAGGAGGAAAAGAGUGGUCAAACUCCUAACUAAAGUCUGGACGAGUACCUUCAUGUGGUGGGCUUCGUUGUACAAGAUCUGUACCCAAUCACGUCCAGGCAAAGCUACUUUCUUAGUAAGAAAAUGGUCAAAAAUACUCCUUGUUACUGGCCCACACAUCUGGCAGGAUAAGAAUGUGCCCAGCUCUUGUCUCCACACUAGGGCAGAUGAAGGUGGUAGUGAUGGUAAUAAAUAUUCAGAUGAAGAGAAGACCUUCACUGUGGCAACAGUGCAGAUAGACGGUGUUGCUGAUCCCACAACAAUGCAACAGAAAAGACCAUGUAAGCAUACACUGAAAAAGACAUUUCAAGAGGACUAGAUACAGUCCAGUGGUCAGCUGAACAUAAAGUGGAGAUGUACUGCUGCUUUUACACCAUUUGACCCAGAAUGUUCAGUGAAGAAAUGUCAGGAGGGGCUUGCAGAAAAUGGAGGGUUCAAAAAAUAUAAUCUUGAGUACCAACUGAAGUGAUACAACUAGAGUGGGGAAAAAAUUAGUAAUCUCUAGCAUAUAUAGUGAUAAUUUUGUAGACGGUCUAUCAAAUAAGCCAUAUUUUUAAUUUACAUUUAAAAAAAAAAUGUAUAAGCCAAUUCUUUCAGGCACACGUAUGAUUUAUCUAUGUGCAGAAGUCUUAUCUGAUCUGAUGUUUAGCCACAGGCUGAAAUCCCAAAUUGGAACAAGUGGGAAGUAACUUGCACAUACAUGAAGGGAUACUCUGGUUGGACUGGGGAGCAGAAGUCUGCCAGAGAGGAAAAUAUAAAACACCCCCAGUGGUC